UGAGCACUGAAAUUAGACACUGACACUUUAAUUGUCUCCAGCUGGAUAUUUCAACUGUUGCUGUAAGAAACAACAACAAGCUGAGGCAAAUGAUGCACGCUGCAAGUCGUGUGUGUGUGUAGUGUGAGCGAGAGUCAUCGGUGUGUGUGUGUAUGCUUGUGUGCGUGUGUGUGUAUGUGGAGAGAGAGAGAGAGAGAGAGAAACAUAGACCGAGCCCCUAACACGGAGCAUGCCUCUGCGUCCGGCAGCCGGCAAACAUGAGCCACCCAGCCCUCCACGGCAGGACCAGCAGCAGCAGCACACACACACAUUCACACACACACUCACACACCCCUACACACACGCAGCAAACGGCAGCCAGGGGGCCAGCACUGACAGCGGCAGCUCCCGGGAAGAGGACAGCGGCGUUCCUGUUCCUGUCGGUGUUCCGGCUUUCCGUCCCGGUGCACAGCGGAGCCACAGUGCCAGAGCACCCAUGGAGGAGCCGACAGGCAAUACCGUGGUCAUCCGCAUUGGCAUCCCAGACCUACAACAGACGAAAUGUAUGAAAUUCAAUGUGGAUGCUCCUAUCUGGCUGUCCAAGCAGCGGAUCCUGUGUACUCUCAACCAGAGCCUGAAGGAUGUACUCAACUAUGGCCUAUUCCAGCCUGCUUACAAUGGCAAGGCUGGCAAAUUUCUGGAUGAGGAGAGACAGCUAAGGGAAUACCCCUUCCCAUCCAUUGCUCCCGUACCUUACUUGGAGUUCCGCUAUAAGAGACGUGUCUACACUCAGACUCACCUGGAUGAAAAGCAGCUGUCUAAGCUCCACACCAAGGCAAACCUGAAGAAGUUUAUGGAGUAUGUGCAGCAGAGGAACACUGAAAAGGUCUCAAGGUUCCUGGAGAAAGGCCUGGACCCUAACUUCCAUGAUCCAGACACAGGAGAAUGUCCUUUGACGCUGGCAGCACAACUAGAGGGAUGUGCAGAGCUCAUCAAGGUGCUGAAGAGUGGAGGGGCGCAUCUGGACUACAGAACAAAAGAUGGCAUUACUGCCUUGCACAAGGCUGUGCGCAGCAAGAACCAUACAGCGCUUAUAACGCUGUUGGACUUGGGAGCAUCACCUGACUAUAAAGACAGUAGGGGGUUGACUCCUCUGUACCACAGCUCGAUGGUUGGAGGAGACCCCUACUGCUGUGAGCUGCUGCUGCAUGAUCAUGCGCAGGUCGGCUGUGUGGAUGAGAAUGGCUGGCAGGAGAUACACCAGGCAUGCCGCUAUGGCCACGUGCAACACCUGGAACACCUGCUGUUCUACGGAGCUGACAUGAGCGCCCAGAACGCGUCUGGAAACACCGCCCUGCAUGUCUGUGCUCUUUACAACCAGGAUAGCUGUGCACGAGUUCUCCUAUUUCGAGGGGCCAAUAAAGAAAUAAAGAACUACAACAGCCAGACUGCCUUUCAGGUGGCUAUUAUAGCGGGAAACUUUGAUCUGGCUGAAAUCAUAAAGGUCCACAAAGCAUCAGAUGUUGUGCCUUUCAGGGAGACCCCCUCCUACACUAACCGGCGACGUGUGAUGCCUGGUUCCCUGCCCUCACCACGUUCCUUGCUCCGCUCUGCGAGUGACAACAACCUGAACGGGGACCAUGAUCACAUCCACGGUCAGGCCCCCCGAGAAAUUCGUGGCCGUCAGGGUCACUCCCCUGUCCCUUCGCUGCGCAGCCUGCCAGCUCUUGGGCAGCAGCACAGCAGCCUUGGAGAGAGCCGUCAUGGUGAAAUCCCUGACAGCAGUCUUCAGAGUACCGGCAGCUCCAGAUCUUCCCAUUCCCGCUCGCCUUCAUUACAUCACAUGCAUGAAGAGGACAAGCCGAUUCCCAGGAGGUCGCACAGCCAUGGAUACCCUCACGGAUAUGGCCCUCGUGGAAGACUCAGCCCUGGCUCAGUGCAGCGAGACCCAAGCCCCCCUCAUCACACCCCUCCAGCGCUGACAGGCCCCCGCGGGCCCAAACGGAAACUCUACAGUGCUGUCCCGGGACGUACCUUCAUCGUGGUCAAGCCCUACACACCACAGGGGGAGGGAGAGAUCCAACUUAAUCGUGGAGAGAGGGUCAAAGUGCUGAGUAUAGGCGAAGGAGGUUUCUGGGAAGGCACGGUCAAAGGGAGGACAGGCUGGUUCCCAGCGGACUGUGUGGAAGAAGUUCAGAUGAGGCAGUAUGACCCACGGCUAGAGACUCGGGAGGACCGCACUAAGAGACUGUUCAGACACUACACUGUGGGAUCCUAUGACAACUUCACCUCAUACAGUGACUAUAUCAUUGAGGAGAAGAAUGCUGUUUUACAGAAGAAAGAAAAUGAGGGGUUUGGCUUUGUCCUGCGGGGAGCCAAAGCUGAGACGCCCAUUGAAGAGUUCACCCCGACCCCCGCGUUCCCCGCCCUGCAGUACCUGGAGUCUGUGGACGUCGAGGGAGUGGCCUGGAGAGCUGGUCUGAGGACGGGAGACUUCCUCAUUGAGGUAAAUGGGGUGAAUGUAGUGAAGGUGGGCCAUAAGCAGGUGGUGUCCUUGAUCCGGCAAGGGGGCAACAGGCUGCUGAUGAAAGUGGUGUCUGUCACACGCAAACCUGAGUCUGAGGAAGUCGUUCGCAAGAAAGCUCCCCCACCACCCAAGAGAGCUCCCAGCACCACCCUGACUCUGCGCUCUAAGUCCAUGACCGCUGAGCUUGAAGAACUGGAGAGACUAGAUGAGAUGUUGGCAUCCCAGGAGUCUAUGUUGCGUUCUCAGCCCUCGGAGGCAGAUUACAGAGCAGCCACUGUCAAACAACGGCCUACCAGCAGGAGAAUAACACCAGCAGAGAUCAGUUCACUGUUUGAGAGACAAGGGAUGACUCUACAUGGAGGUCUUCACCCAGGCAUUGAGAGAGGUCACAUACCACUACCAAAGGGGAUGUCCAGGACCAAGUCUUUUGGUGCCACUGAGGAGGAUCGUCUGUCUGCCCUUGCAGGCGAGCACCGUUUUCCCCGUAGUUCCUCUAUGACAGACAGCCUCAGAGACCACUCACAACCCCAUCCCAUCCCUCCACCUCCACAAACAGCACCUCCGCCUCCUCCUUACUACCUAGACACUGGUCCCCCACCAGCCUUUUGCCCUCCUCCUCCCCCAUCUAGGACCCAGAGUCAGGGCCACGAGCCUGGAGCACGCUCCAGCUUCAAGCCCUCCUCCUUGGACCUGCCUUACGAGGCCGCUCACCGACAGGCCGCACACAUCGAGAGACAGAAGAAAGCCCGCUCCAUGAUCAUCCUCCAGGACUCUUCCCAUCUACCUGUAGAACCUACAGAAAUUCCCAGACCUUCUGCUGCUACUCCACCUGAGCGAAUCAAAAGGAAGGGUCGGGUUAUUGACAACCCUUAUGCUAAUGUGGGUCAAUUUAGCAUUGGACUGUACACACCCACCAAGCCCCAGAGGAAGAAAAGUCCCCUGGUAAAACAGCUGCAGGUGGAAGAUGCACAAGAAAAAGCUAGUUUGGCCUUAGCUGCUGCCCACUCCCGAGAGAGCUCACCCUCAGGACGACACCCACAUACCCAUGGGCACACACACACCAGCCGUGCAGACUACUACCAGCAACAGCUGAUGGCUGAGCGAGAGCGUAUGCGUGCCCAGGGAGAGAUGAUGUUUCAGGGUAAGGGCCCCUUUGCUGCUGCAAUCGCUGGAGCAGUUAAAGAUCGUGAGCGUCGCCUAGAAGAACGGAGGAAAUCCACUGUCUUCCUUUCUGUUGGGACCAUGGAGGGGGCGUCUACCACCAGCUCUGACGCCCCCUCACUGACUCAGUCUCACUCCAUCGAUGAACGGAUGCUCACCCGAGAGCUGGGACAGCUGCCCCCCCCUGCCUUGGCCCUGAGCCCCUCACCUAGUGGGACCACCUUCAUCCAUCCGCUCACAGGAAAGCCCCUGGACCCUAACUCACCACUGGCUCUUGCGCUGGCCGCAAGGGAGAGGGCACUGACCUCCCAGAGCCAGUCCCCAACUAGCAGCCCAGAGCCAAGGACUAAACAGGAGCGGGCAGGCCAGGGCAUAAUAUUCAUUGACACUCAGACCAAAGAGUCUCCACAUGAAGGGGCACCCACAUCUCCCCCUUUCUCUCCUAAAAGCGCCAAGGCAGCGGGGUAUGGAGUUGGAUCCUCCCCAACACCAGUUUUAGUUCCCCAGCCCACCAAACCACAGUGGGCCACAUCACCAUCACCGGUAUCAUUCCGACAGGAGAUGGAGGCCAGAGUAGAGGAGAGGAAGGAGGAGAAGAGACUAGAGGAUAAAAAAAGUAUGUUGAUCAGUAUUAUGGAUACGUCGCAACAGAAAACAGCAGGGCUAAUCAUGGUCCAUGCUACUAGUAAUGGCCAGGCUGUUGGGGUGGGUUCAGACCUAGAACAGACCCCUGCCUCAGCGUCCAUGGAGCCCAGCAAAUCUCCAAGUCCACGGGCUAAAUCCCCCAGUCCCACGGUCUCCCAGCCCCAGGCCCAACCUCAAACCCAGCGUCCCGCCAGUCCAGCCCAAGAGAAGAGCCUGGCUCAGGGAAGCUCCGAGGAGGAUGUGGAUCCGUACACAGUGACCCUGCCCCCUGUAAUGUUGUCCUCCAGUGAUGAGGAAACAAGAGAGGAGCUACGUAAGAUUGGAGUCGUUCCGCCACCAGAUGAGUUUGCUAAUGGGCUGCUGGCACAGGCACAGGAGAUGCCAGUGUCCCCAACUAAACCUGCCACCUCUCCCACAGCGACUACAACACCAACAUCCCAAACUCCCUCAACCCCAACAACUCCAAUUGUGACCCCCACCCAGCCUCAGCCUCCCCAGCCCCCACCUCCACCCAGUGCAGCAGCUGUCUCAGGGAAGCCCUCUGACCCUCUGGAGCCCCCACCGGUGGGCGAGUCUGGCUCUGCGGCUGACUCAGGCGUGGAGGAGGCUGACACGCGCAGCUCCAGUGAGAGAGAGCGAGACCACCAUCUUGAGACCACCAGCACCGUCUCCACGGUUUCCAGCAUGUCCACAUUGUCCUCAGAAAGCGGCGAGCCUGCCGACACACACACCACGCACACCUCCUAUGCCGACGGGCAGACUUUUGUGCUCGACAAGCCGCCAGUGCCUCCUAAGCCCCGACUCAAGUCCCAGAUAGGAGGCAGUAAAGGCCCCGUCACCUUCAGGGACCCUCUGCUGAAACAGAGCUCUGACAGCGAGCUGCUAUCACAGCAACAGGCUGCUGCCCUGGCUGCUGCUGCGGCUGGAGGAGCUGGGCUCCCCUCAGGUGGUUCAGCCUCAGUUACUGGACUAGCCCCCACCAAGCCGCGCUACCUCUUCCAGCGGAGGUCCAAGUUGUGGGGGGACCCAGUGGAGCCCCGUGGGCCGGGAGUGGGGCUAGGUAUUGGGAGUUUGGGCAAUCUUGGUGGGCUGGGACUGGGACUGGGUGCAGAUGAGGGAGCAAAACCAUCUGUUAUGGGGGAGCUCAGUUCACGACUACAGCAGCUAAAUAAAGACACUAGGUCACUGGGGGAGGAACCACUGGGGGCAUCACUUGACCCAGGGAGGAAGUCACCUGUGACAGGGGCCAGACUUUUCAGCAGCCUAGGCGAGCUCCACACCAUUUCUCAGAGAAGUUAUGGCACCACAUACACCAUCCGCCCUGGCAGCCGUUACCCCGUCACCCGACGCACCCCCAGCCCAGGUUCAGGCUCACCUGAUCGGGGCGACCCUCUCGGACGAUUCUCAGGCUUCGGCCUACCGCCCUCGCCAACUACACCACCGCAAACCAUCCUCAAAUCCUCUAGCCUCAGCCUACCCCAGGAGCCUAAAGAGGUCCGCUUUGUAAUGAGGAGCUCCAGCGCCCGUUCCCGCUCUCGCUCCCCUUCCCCAUCACCCUCCCAUUCCCCCGGGCUGGGUUCACCACUUUUAGCCCUUCGGCCCUUCCACCAAAAACCUCUCCACCUCUGGAACAAAUACGACGUUGGAGACUGGCUGGAGAGCAUCAACCUGGGGGAGCACAGAGCAGGGUUUCAGGAACAUGAGAUCGAAGGCUCUCACCUCCCAGCUCUAACCAAGGAUGACUUUGCAGAACUGGGAGUGACACGAGUUGGACAUCGCAUGAAUAUUGAACGAGCACUAAAACAGCUGCUAGAGAGCUGACCCCUGCCCUGAGACACAGCAACAGUUAGAGAGAAAGACGAGGAAAGAACAGGGAAGAUACAGAGUUGAUGAAAAUAAAGAGAAUAGAAAGGGACCGCUCCUCUUUUACUCUGGCUGCUUGUACGUUCAGCAUCACAAAUGUUUACUUGUGGUCCUUAGCGACACUUUAAGUUCCCUUUCUGCAUUAAUACCCUGCACUUGGCACUGCACUGAAGAGGAGGAGUUAAUACAUUUGUCCCCCUCUACUCGGCCCUUAGUGUCUGCCCAGCUCCUCGCCUGCAGCCAAUUAGAUCAGACCUCAAAACGGGCACCGGCCGUUCUUUGCCGAGGAGAAUCGCAUGAGCUCCAAUUAAAACAUUUGAUUUGUGAAAGCUUUAGUUGUUCCCUUAGUAACACCCACACUUGUUCUCUCGCUAUUCCCUCCUCUCCUCUCUACCUCUAUCCCUCCAUCUAUUAGGCCUCUGAAAGCCUUUUGCAGUUUGAGUAAAGGAGGAGGAGGAGGAAUUUUUGUUCCAAACAGAAAGCUCAGUUGCCUUUCAAAUUAUUUAUACAGAGAUCAACAAUGAUGAACACAGGACUAUGGACUUAGUGCUGACACAGCUGUGAACAGGUGUGUCUUCUCUAUACCUGCUGUUGUUUUUAAACCGAAGACUUUAGAGCCCAGAGGUGGAGCUCCACAAAGUAAACCACAGGAGAAAACCCCUCCGCCUUGGUACCCAGACUGUGCUAUCUAUUAUAUUUGGAGAAUGUUUAACCAACACUCGUGGCUUUUUUCAUAAUCAAUUUUUUGGUUUUCCAAAGGGAAUAUUAUAUAUAGGUAUUAUAUAAUAUGAUAUAUAUGUAUCUAAAUAUAGCUUUCAGAAGAAAAGACAAUGUUGCAAAGAGGAAAUGUAAUAAAUUAAUCUGCGCCUGUUUUUGGUUUUUAGUAUAGAAGGCAGAGAGAAAUCAAAAUUUAUUCCACCAAUAGUUUACUCAUUUCUACCAAUUAUAUACAUAUAUAUAUAUAUACAUAUAUAUAUUUGAAAGAAAAAAGUAUAUAGAUAUGGACAUGAGAUUUUUGUCAUAGGUAUACAACUUUCCUUAUGAUCACCCUUUCUUGAACCGUAGCAUGACGAGUUGCAUCAUGGUCUUGAACAGAGAGUUUGUUGUUUGUUUUUUAUUUUCUUAUGGUCUUCCUUCAUACAAAAGGGCAUCCCGUAAUGUGAGGCUGAGACCCCAGUUGACACCCAUCCCUACUGCUUCAGCUACAGAUCUUGCCGACGCAGUUCUGCCUCAGAUUUAUUUCUCCACCUAAUGAGACAGCUAGUUGGUAAAAGGGGCUCUUCAUCUUAUGCCUGUUAAUCACUCAGGGAUGGAAGUUUGGGGCACUAGCAUGGAGAGGUUGUUGGCUGUUGUUUUAAUACUAUCCACUUAAAUUCUUACCUGUGAGGACAUUGUAACACCACUGCAGUCUGAAAAAACCUUAGAGGGCUAGUAAAAAUUUCCAUCCCUGCAACCCCUGAGGAUCCUUCUCAGACUGGGCUGCACAAGGUUUGGUGUAGUGAAAGAAGGUCAGGAAAAGGAAACAUUGGGGUCUUUCUCAUCACCAGUAGAGAGGAAAUGACCUUGGAAGUGCCCGGAGAGCAGAAAUCUUUUUAAGAUUUCAUUAUUUCCCACAGAAGGAAACCGCAGUUAAAUUCUAAGAGUGUGAACCUGGCCAAAUUAAGCGUAAAGUUAAACUAUUCAAACAAAUGUUUGUUUUCCUUAAAUUCUGAUUUUACCUGGAGUAUAACAUAAAGUUGCAUUACAAGGGCUUAAACGAGCUAGACAUACAGAAUGUGCCCUUCUGAAAUGCCACUGCAGGAAAUGUGUCUGUAGUUUAUCAGGCUGUGGGGAUGGGAAAGCCUCUGUAAGGUCUUAAAGAAAAUUCAGUAUUUUACAACCUGGCAGUCUCUUGCAGCAACACUGCUUCCCUGUAUCUCUACAAUUUACUUAGUGAGUAAAAUAUUAUCAUGAACAGUGGCAGCCAGAGCUCUAAGAAUAAGACCCAGGUUGUAAAAAAAAAAAAAAAAAAAAUUAAAAAAAAACAACAGCUGAAUUUUUCUUUAACAAUAUAAAAUCUAUAAUUGUACUCAUGAGUAGCUUCUGCUGGCAGUGAGAAACAGUGAGUUUUAUUCACGCAACAACAAAAAAAAGAAGCAUUUUAUCCAUAGCUUUUCUCUGACAGGUGAGGUAAUCUUUAUUACCAUAAAAAAUGCCAAGGCAGUUUUACUUGGCAAGAAGUUGUGUACAUCUUUUUUCUUUUUUUUUCUUUGCUAGCAGUUUGUAAAUGCAGGUGGUGAAUAUAACGUUGUAUCUGGGUUGUAGGAAUAGCACUCACUGCCUCACUGUGACCUCACUGAUUAUUUUACUUCUGACUCCAGUGUUAUGUCCUCAAACUCAUUUGGACUUUUUGUGUUUAUGGUUCUUUUUUAAUUUUUUUUUUUUUUCUCUCUCUUUUGUUGUUGACAUGUUACCCUCGGACACUGUGGGUAGAUUUUGUAGCGUGUGGAACAUGAUAGUUAAAUCUUUCACUCAUUUGAAUUUUAGAGUGACAGAAAAAAACUAAUAUCCUGUCCAUUCUAAACGUACUUACACUUGUAAAAAUGAACAAACUACAAAUAUUUGCUUUUUUUUAAAAUCACAAGCAAUGUAUAUAUGAUAGAUUUCAUAUAAAUUUUUGAAAAACAAAAAGUAUAUAGAUCUAUAUAUGAAUGUUUGGCAUAUAUGCAUAGUUAACCACCUGUGGAAAAGGUGAGCAGAUUUUAUUCUUUCUAUGAACUCUUGAACUUUUGAACUCUGAACUAUGAACUAGGGGAUGAUUUGCACAAAACAAGGUGACAAGGUGCUAACAUAAAAGCCACCCAUUGUUCAAGCGCAUGCGUGCAUCUGGAUUCCCUGAAUCUCUCUGUGUGGUCGUUCCUCUUCAGCGUGUGUUUACAACUGUGUGUAUGUGUGCAAAUGCUUGUUUGUUUCCAUUCUGUGUGUAUUUGUUUGAGAGAGAGACAAUGAGAAUGCAUAUGUGACGGUGAGAGAGUGUAUGGUUGAUUGUUAGGGUUUACAUCAUUGGCGUUAGUCCACUAGAGCCUUACUGUAUUACCAUCAGAGAUACCCGGCAGUGGCUGUGUCACACAAACACACACACACAAACAGAAAAAUACAUGCAUACAUCUUUAAUUUCAGACUGAACACAAUUGUUUUGCAUUCUCGUUUUGUACAGAGUGACGUCUUCAAAAAGUGGACUGUCCUGCCCAAAAGAGGGAGGGAGAGAGCGAGAGAGAGAGAGAGAGAGAGAGAGAGAGAGACAACUAUAACUCACCUUGUAACUGUGUAGGUACAGCUUACGCAGUGUCACUGUUUUGUACACCCAUUCCCAGAUGGCAUUUGCGCUCCUUACCCUCCACUCUGUCUGGCAGCACUCCUUUUUCCUUUUUCAGACCUUCAGUUUCUGAGUUUUGGGAUAUGCUAUGUGAGGUGAUCUAGUGAGGAACACAAAGGAAAAAUGUGCCAAAAAAUAACUUAACUUUUAACUGUAUAUUUGUCUUUGCUUUAGGACUAUCUUAGUUACAGCAUUCUUGAGCUGUUAGACUCAAUAAUAUGGUGCCAUCUCCUGGAAAUCUUGAGAACUACAGACAUUUGUUAGAUCCUUCAGUAUUUCCUACAGGUGGAAAUACAGUCAUUGUUAUUAUUUUGUA